AUGAACCUCACACCACAAUCAAUGCGCUCACCUAUGUCGCCCUAUAACCAGCAGCCAAAGCAAUCCUUCUCCUCGCAAAGGCGUUAUCCAGCUACGCCCCAACCAGAGCCAACAUCAAUGGAGCAGCCCAACAGAGGCUUAGGAAUCUUCGAGUGUCCUUUACCACAGCAACAGAGUACAAUUCAAGAGCUCCCACCAUCGCCGCAAGCAUCAGACGACUGGUCGCACUCCUCGAUGAUGGAACAAGACUUCCCACAGACAUCGCAGCCACCAGACAUCUUCUCAGCAGCAUUCGAUCCUUUCUCCGGUUUUUCUACCAACGCCAACACUGGUAUGAUCUCUACACAAUCGCCAGAAGCACCAGGUCUUGUCUUUUGCCAAUCACCUCCAAGCACAAACAUGCCUUCUCAUCGGUCAUCAAUGUCUUCGUCUUAUUCCUCACCAGUCCAGCACGGAGCCGAAUACUACACGCCUAGGGUCAAAGUCGAGGACGGAAGCGAGUGGUACCCAUCCCCUGGAAAUGAGCAGGUCUUGCAGCGAUCUUUGACCACUCAAGGAAUUACGAAUUACUCUAACGGCGUGUCUCCCAUCAACGGACCUUCAGACGACUUUUACAAGAAUCAGCCUGGUGACUGGGCUAAGCCAAACACCUCAGGCUAUGGCAACGACAUGAACAUGAUAGGCGAAGAUACUCGAUCGAAGUUUGACGCAGCACCCGUUUUGCCCAGUGUCAACCGCAUCAAGAAGAAGCGCCAAAGGACCACCCCCGAGGAAGCAACACAUGAGUGCCGUGUCUGCGGCAAACUCUUCAAGCGAAGCUACAACUGGAAAUCGCACAUGGAGACACACAACCCAGAACGUAAAUAUCCUCACCCUUGCACAGCCAUGGUCGGCAACGCCCUCUGCACGAAGAAGUUCCAGCGAAAAACCGACCUGGACCGGCAUUAUGAUAGCGUACAUCUGAAAGCGCGUAAUCACCGCUGCAAUCUUUGUGGCAACCGAUUCGCUCGCCGAGACACCCUCCGAAGACAUACCGAGGACGGAUGCCCCAAGCGAUUCGAGCUUGGCUUCCGUGAAGGAUCCGCCGCAACUCCUGCGAGAUGGAAUUCCACACCCAUCAUCAAUGGCACCUCCAAUGUCGGCCGCACCAACAUCAACGUUUCCGAAUUACGAAAGGCCACAAUUCGUCAGCAGCCCGAUCCAGACUCAGUCAUCAGUGUUUGCUUCGUGAUCAAUCUUGACCCUUUGUUGCUCCGGAAUCCUACGAACUAG